AUGGCUGAUCCUAAGCAAGAACUAUGGGACGAGAUCCAUAAGCUGAAUCAGGAACAAAGAUUCCAUCUCCAUCCUACAAUUCGUCUCAGUGGGAUUGCAUUCUUUUCAGGGUUUUAUGGGCUACUAUCCGGUGGUCGAAAGACUUAUAACGAAACAAGUUUAAGAUUCUUAGCAGAGAAUUCUCAUAGGUUACCAAAGACUAAAGGGCAUUGGUAUUUUUAUCACAAGAGGAAAAAUUAUGUUUGCAUGAAAGAGUCACUUGGUGCAGGUAUGAAAACUGGUAUUAAAUACUCGUUUGUUGCAACUAGUUAUUUUGGAUUGGAAGCUUUUUUCGAUUAUGUACGAGGAAAGAUUGACUUUAUAAAUACAACUGCUGCUACAGUUAUUGCUGGUGGUUCUUACGCUAAAUACCAUCAAUUGAGUAAAUAUGCAACUUUGAAAAUGAUGAAGAAUGGAUUAUUUAUUGGUUUGAUUAAUGGGGUUAUGCAAGAUGCUUUAUAUUAUGUUAGAAAUGGUGAAUUAUGGUAUCUAAAGAACCCAAUGACUACUGCAUUUGCAUAA